ACAAGUAGGAACAGCAGAUGCAAAAUAAAAGAGAUAAAAAAUAACCAAAAAACAUAAAAAUAUAAACAUGAGUGCCUAAGACAUAUUUCGUUACAAAUAACAUUAGAAAUGGUUUUAAUAUUGCGAACGCUAUUUGCGAAAGAAUUCAAAAAACCUCGGAACUAUCUCCGAAGUAAAUUUAUUGAUUCUGUGAGAUUGCAUGUUAAAGGCGGUACUGGUGGGACGGGACUUCCAAAGUUUGGAGGACUAGGCGGGCAAGGAGGCUGUAUUUACUGCGUGGGAAAAGAAGAUGCUAAUCUCAAAAAUAUUAUGACCAAACACAGAGGGAAGACAAUCACUGCCGGACACGGUGAAGACAGCAGAAAAACAAAAAUAGUUGGUAAUCCAGGUACCGACGUAAAACUAGAGGUUCCAUUGGGUGUUACUGUGUAUAGAGAGGAUGGUAAAGUUUUGGGCUCGAUUGAUAAUGAGGACGACACUGUCAUAAUAGCGAGAGGCGGCCCUGGCGGCACUCCGCAGAACAAUUUCCUCGGUCACUUCGGUCAAACACAUCACAUACGAUUAGAUUUAAAAUUAAUCGCAGACAUUGGUUUAGUGGGAUUUCCAAAUGCCGGAAAAAGUUCAUUACUAAAAGCAAUAUCAAGAGCAAAGCCUCGCAUAGCCGACUACCCUUUUACAACCAUCAAACCCAACAAAGGUGUGAUGAUAUAUUCAGAUAAGAGACAGAUAUCAAUUGCAGACUUACCAGGGUUAAUAGAAGGAGCCCACGUCAAUGUAGGGCUCGGCCAUAUGUUUCUUAAGCAUGUAGAAAGAACAAAAUUAUUACUUUUCAUAGCUGAUGUAAAAGGUUUUCAGUUGAACCCCAAAUAUCCAAAAAGAUCCUGUUUAGAGACAGUACUUUUACUGAACCAGGAAUUAGAACUUUAUAAUCCAGAAUUAUUAGAAAAACCAGCAGUCUUAGCUGUUAAUAAAAUGGAUUUGGAAGGAGCAGAACAGACAUUUAAUGAAAUUAAAGAAGCAUACAGAAAUAUAGAACAUAUUCUACACAAAAUUCCAGAAGAAAUAAGACCUGAAAAAUGCAUAUCUUUUGAGGAUAUUAUAGGAAUAUCUGCUUUAAAUGAUAAAGAGAGUAUAGAGAAACUAAAGCUGCUAUUGAGAAAGAGACUAGAUGACUUUGCAGAUGAGAAUAACCCUGAUAUUGUAGACUCAAGCAAAUUAUUCCGCAAACACACUGCUAUGGUCAGAGAACAAGGACCACAACUCACUUAAUUAUAAUAAACCAUAAUCAUAAUA